GGAAAGUGGCCUGGGGCGCUGGCUUUCGGCUGGUUCUCUGCGGGACCGUGCCACCGGCAAGCCCCCUGCACCAUCCUCGUAAGGCGCUUCCGGGGCGGCGAGGCGGCGCGAGAUGGGUGUCGAGGUGGCCAGGCGGUCAGCAGGCGCCGAGAGUCUGCGCGACUAGGCCGCGCUGCGGGUGUCGGGUUCGCAGUCUGCGGGCAGCCGACAAGCUGCGGGGGAGGGACACAUCCACUGCAGCGGUCCCUGAGGGGCGCAGGAGGGGCUGGCGGCUGCACCGCUGCGGCGCGAGCGAUGGAGAAACGCUCGGCGGGAGGGAGGAGGAGCGAGCAUUGGGCUAGGAACGGUAAAAAGGCUUCCUUUGGGAGUUCGAGCCCAGUUGGCUCUUUAUCAUCUGAGGAUCAUGACUUUGACCCUUCUGCUGAAAUGCUGGUACAUGAUUAUGAUGAUGAGCGAACUCUUGAAGAAGAGGAAAUGAUGGAAGAAAACAAACAUUUCAGUUCUGAAAUAGAAGAUUUAGAAAAGGAAGGAAACAUGCCAUUGGAAGAUUUACUGGCAUUCUAUGGCUAUGAACCUGCAAUUCCAGUUAUCACUGGUUCUAGUGUGGAUAGCUCUCCAAGUGAACUUGCCAAUGAACUUCCAGAUAUGACUUUAGAUAAAGAGGAAAUAGCUAAGGAUCUCUUGUCAGGUGAUGAUGAAGAAACACAGUCUUCUGCUGAUGACUUGAUGCCAUCGGUCACUUCACAUGAGGCUACUGACUUCUUUCCUCGGCCAUUAAGAUCAAACACUACAUGUGAUGGGGAUAAGGAGUCAGAUAGCGAAGAUGUAGAGGCAGACAAUGGUAAUUCAUCUGAAGAUUUGAGAAAGGAAAUAAUGGUUGGUUCACAGUAUCAGGCUGUAAUUCCACCUUACCUUGGUAGAUACAGUGAUAAUGAAAAGGCCUAUGGAAAUGAAGAUCAUUUACUUUGGAAGCCUGAUGUGAUCUCAGAAAGUAAAGUUAAAGAAUACCUUUUUGAAACCUUCUUAAGAACGGGAAACAAAAACAUGAUUGGCAGGAUUCCUGAAGGACUGCAUACAAGGGAUAACGAACAAGCUCUAUAUGAACUUCUCAGAAGUAGCCAUAAUGUUAAAGAAGCACUUGAAAGAUACUGCUCAAAUGGAAAGGCAUCUCAAGAAGAGAUGACAGCAUGGACAGAAGAAGAAUGCAGAAGCUUUGAACAUGCGCUUCUGAUUUAUGGUAAAGACUUUCAUCUUAUACAGAAAAACAAGGUAAUAACCAGAACAGUUUCUGAAUGUGUGGCUUUCUAUUACAUGUGGAAAAAGUCAGAACGUUAUGAUUACUUUGCUCAGCAAACAAGAUUUGGAAAGAAGAGAUAUAACCAUCAUCCAGGAGUUACGGACUACAUGGAUCGUUUGGUAGAUGAAGCAGAAGCCCUUGGUGGAGCAGUACGUUCUUCAGCCUUAACAUCAAAUACUCGAACAGAAACCAUUCCUGACCCACAGCUAAGCAUUCUGAGCUCUAUCACUGCCAAUGAGUUGACAGCAUUGACAAACAGUGUAGCUACAGUCUGCCACAGUUCAGAUGUGAACUGCCUGGAUGGUGCCUUUCCUCCUAUGGACAACUUACCCCGAGCACCCGUUAAUCAUGUGCCUAUUGGAACAGAAGAAUUGCUUAACUUGCCUAGCAAUGGUGAAAGUGAUUGUUUUAAUUUAUUUGAGACUGGCUUUUAUCAUUCAGAGCUAAACCAAAUGAACAUGUGUAGUGAGGAGACAGAAAGACCUGCAAAGAGAUUGAAAAUGGGAAUUGCUGUCCCGGAAUCCUUCAUGAAUGAUGUCUCUGUAAAUAACCUUGGUGUGGACUUUGAGAACCACACACACCGUAUUACCAGUGCCAAAAUGGCUGUUUCAGUGGCUGACUUCAGCAAUUUAUCUGCAAAUGAGACAAACAAUUUUAUCAACACACAUGCUCUUCACCAACCUAAUGCUCUUCAUUCAGAAUGACUAUGGAAAAUAAGCAAACAGUGGGUACUUUAUGCAGUAGUAGUAAACUUGAUGAAAGCUAUCAGGUUUGUUUAGUCUUUCACUGGAAGUUUGAACAUUGACAUCAGUGAUGUCUUUUUAUGUAUAGAACUAUAUCUUGAUUUAUCAAGAGUUAUUUCUUUUUUUAGUCCUUAAACGUGGAAAUGUUCAUCAGAGUUUGGGAUUAGAAAAACUCUGUGGUGCAGCUUUAAACUAUGCUUCAAUUUUAAAAUUUUAUUUUAAAGCCUGUAGACAGGCCACUCUUUCAAAACCAGCACAAAAUGAUGAAAUGAUUGGAGUGGCAUUCUAGUAUAAGUUACUUUUGCUGUAACAGAUGCAGUGUAAUAAUGUUUACAGGUACUGAUCCCAAUCCCUGCUCAAUGUAGCAUUUUAUUUUAUUAUAAAGGCAGGGAUGGGUUUCUUUAACUGAAACUGCACAAAUGUACAAGGAUGUUUUUUAAAUGGAUGAUUCUCUCAUGUUGUAUUUAACUAGAGCACAUCAUUUUACAAAACAGCAAAUUCAUUUUGGUGGAAGCUAGCACAAGGGACAUAACAUGAGUCAAGUAUGAAGACAUACAUUUGGAUGCUAUUGCAAAAUUAUAGGCCAUGGCUACCUUACACAAAAGUAAUUAUACUGCCAGAGAUACCUGUGUACUUUAAACUUACUGUUUUAAACAUGUAUUUUAGGCUAUUAUGUUCAGGUGGAUUCUGUCCACAACUUCAAAGAUUAAUGCACUCCUAUAACUUUGCUUUCCAAAGGCAAUUGACACAUAAAGCUACUGUCUACACACCUUAGGAUUUACCACUGAAAAGUCAGUCUGUGAUUUGGAAGAUAGCUUAAAUUGUUUGGAGCACUGCAAUUCAAAGUAUUACAGUUUUGAGUGAAUAUCUAUGUUAAUAUAGAAAAAGUAAGAACCUUGAACUAUCCAUUUGAUUUUUUUUCUUCAAUGUGAAUUGCAUUUCUUUGUUUUGUCAAGUCAUUGGCUCAAAAAUGACACUUCGCUACUUCAGUCAAAUAGGAAAGGACAACUAAAAAUGUUUUCCGUUAAAUCAAUUCUUUAACUUCAGUAAGUUUUAAUUUUGAACACUGGAUGCAAUUUAUCCGUGCAGUUUGCCUUGCAGAUUGUUUGUUCUAAUUCUUGUGUGAGAAUAAUACUUGGGUAAGAUUACUCCUUUCCUUUAUUAAUUUUCCUUGUACUGUCCAUAUUACAAAUUUAAUUACCACACACUUGUUUCCAUUAUUGAAGUGAUUAUGUUAUUGAUAUUAGUGAUUUGAAUAUUUGAAAGAGAAGAGAGUAUUUAUAAAUACCAUUAACUGCAUUGACAUCCUGACUUUUGAAGUCAGGGUAUUGAGUUUUCUUUACAGUGUUGUAAUGAAUAUUGUUUUGAAGCUUUAAGCAAUAGCCCAUUUGCUGUUUUAAAAUAAACUAGUUUAGCACAGUGGACAAAAGUAGAGAUAUUUUUUUAUUCAAUUCUUCCACAUCUGAAAUAUUUAAUUCAAAUAAGUACACAGUAAAUAAUGGGUAGCCAUGGCCUUGUGUUGUACUCUGACAUUUUCAGUGAAGUUGUCAGCUUCUUGUUGUUGUAUUUUGUGCUGAACUGUAUAUCUUAUUUGUUUGGUUUAUGAAUCAAAACAUUAUAUGUAAUUUUGUAAAAUACUGGCCAUAAUUAUUCAUUGUUAUACAUUCAAGUUUAUGAGUUUACAGUGAGUAGUUGGUCUGUAUAAAAACAAUACAAAGAUGACUGAAUGCUUAUACCAGUUGCACUUAAAUGAACAUACCCAUUCUCAUUACAUGAUGCAGUAAUAUAUUCAAUUUAUCUAUGCAUUGCUGGGCUCUUAAUGUAGACAGAGAUUUGUCUAAGGUUUGGGUUGUCAGCAAGUUGAAUGGACACUUUAAUAAAAUACUGUUGACCAAAAUUCAGAAAA